UGUGAUUCUUGGGGGCGGGGCUGCGCCGGCCGCUUCCCAGCCAGGCUGAAAGGGCUCGGGUAGCCGGCCUUGUCGGCCCUUAAAGAACCCCCUGGAUGGCCUGGCCUCAACUGCCCUCGCCGAGCCACGCAAAGGGUGCUGCUUCUGGUUCUCGUCGGCCUCCCAGGUUGGCUUUCCUGCUUUUCCCGAAGGUGGGCCCUUAGGUUUACCGCCAGGAGCCUGCGGCCGCCGGGAAACCCAAACCCGAGUGUCCGGAGAGUAACCGGAAGUGCCGUCCCAGGCGGAGGGGCGGCGCCGUCUGCUGCCGUGAGCUGUUUGGGAAGGAACUGAUGGCUACCAGUGGCAGGUGCUUCUUGCAGGAGAAAAUAGAAUGUAAGGAAAGGUGGGAAGAGGAGAGGGAAGAAUUGAGUGUUGUGAAUAGUUAUGGACUAGAGACCUUUUGGAGCCAAAAGGAAGAUAGUCUUGAGUCUUUGUUGUUAUGGGUUGGAAAUACCAAGUAAAGAAUUAGUAUAUAUGAUGCUGGAAACUUGCAGAGAGGAGCUGCUCAUGACUGAAAGGCCUAAAACAGAUGUAUCUUUCAAGUUCUCAUCGAGAAAAUGACUGUGAAGAAAAUGAUGGGUCAGGAAGACCAGUGGAAAACUCCCUAGGAGAGAGCCAUAGAAAAUGUACACUUCAGAAGAGAGGUAUAAUCAGAGAACUCAAAAAAGGAAAAUAUAUCAUGUAUACCCUCAGAAGGGUAAAAAGAUUUUUAUUCAUGUGCAUGAGAGUACUCAAAUAGAUGAUCAUAUAUACCAGUGCCUUGAAUGUGAGCAAAACUUCUGUGAAAACUUAGCUCUUAUUAUGUGUGAGAGAACCCAUACAGGGGAGAAACCUUAUAGAUGUGAUAUGUGUGAGAAAACCUUCAUCCAAAGCUCAGAUCUUAUUUCACACCAGAGGAUCCACAAUUAUGAGAAACCUUAUAAAUGUAGCAAAUGUGAGAAGAGCUUCUGGCACCACUUAGCCCUUUCAGGACACCAGAGAACACAUGCAGGUAAAAAAUUCUAUACAUGUGACAUUUGUGGCAAGAAUUUUGGUCAGAGCUCUGAUCUGCUUGUCCACCAGCGAAGCCAUACAGGCGAGAAACCGUAUCUAUGUAGUGAGUGUGACAAAUGCUUCAGCCGAAGUACAAACCUCAUAAGACACCGAAGAACUCACACAGGUGAGAAACCAUUUAAGUGUCUGGAGUGUGAAAAAGCUUUUAGUGGGAAAUCAGAUCUUAUUAGCCACCAGAGAACUCAUACUGGUGAAAGGCCCUACAAAUGUAAUAAGUGUGAGAAAAGUUACCGACACCGUUCAGCCUUCAUUGUUCAUAAAAGAGUUCAUACUGGGGAGAAGCCCUAUAAGUGUGGUGCCUGUGAGAAAUGCUUUGGCCAGAAAUCAGACCUUAUUGUACACCAGAGAGUCCACACAGGUGAGAAGCCGUAUAAAUGUUUAGAAUGUAUGCGAAGUUUUACUCGGAGCGCCAACCUAAUCAGGCACCAGGCAACUCACACUCACACUUUUAAAUGCCUGGAAUAUGAGAAAAGUUUCAACUGUAGUUCAGACCUUAUUGUGCAUCAAAGAAUUCACAUGGAAGAGAAACCACAUCAGUGGUCUGCAUGUGAGAGUGGCUUCCUCCUGGGCAUGGACUUUGUUGCCCAACAGAAAAUGAGAACUCAGACAGAGGAGCUGCAUUAUAAAUACGGUGUCUGUGAUAAAAGCUUUCACCAGAGCUCAGCACUUCUUCAACAUCAGACAAUCCACAUUGGUGAAAAACCAUAUAUCUGUGAUGUGGGUGAAAAAGGUCUUGAGCUCAGCCCUCCCCAUGCAUCAGAAGCCUCACAAAUGUCUUGACCAGACAAGAAGUUAUAAUGCCAUAAAAAAUGUAUUUGCAAUGUAAGAGAACUCCUUAAGAUGAAGAACUCUAAGCAAAUCUCAGACUUUCCUCAGAGCUCAGAUUUCACUGGGGACCAGAGAAUCUGCAAUUGUAGGAAGUUGAGAAAUGAUUUGCCUAGAGAGCUGUCCUUACAGAAGCUUAUCAACCACUCCAAUGAGAAACCUUACAAAUGCUCUGAGUUUGGGAAAACCUUUAGUCCAAGCUUGUAUCUGAUCACCCACAAGAGGAUUCUUACAGGUGGGAAACCUUACAAAUUUGGUGAAUGUGAGAAAGCUUUCUAGCAAUGGUCACCUCUUCUCAUUCCAAGAGAAUUCACAUUGGUGGACAGCAUUUUUAAUACCCUGUGUCAACAGUGCUUCAGAGAGUGUGCACAUUUCAUUGGACGUCAGAACGCCCCACUGGGAAGAGACCCCCACAAGUGUGAAGAAAGCUUCUAACAGAACUAUGACUUUCUUACCUAUCAGAGAAGCCAUACAGGUGAAAAUUUCUAUAUUUGCCUUGAAGGUGGCAAAAGCAUUAGGUGGAGAGCCUUCUUGGGUUUGCACGCCCCCCCCCAAAAAAAAAAACAAUCUGAGGAAAGACCUUAUGAAUUCUCUGAGUGAGAAAAGCGUCUGUCAGUGAUCAGUUUUUGUGGUAUACUGGGGAACUCACAUAAGUGAAAAACCCUAUAAAUAACCUUGAGUCUAAAAAAGAGCCUUGCAGGAAAUCCCUACCUUAUUGCGCCCCAAAGAACCUACUCUGCAGAUAAUUUUGUUCUAGUAAGAGAUCUAACUGUGGACUGUGUACAUUUAAUAGGUAUGAGAAGAACUGUUCUCAUAGUUAGUUGACUCAUACAGUAGAGAUGACUUUUAAUGAGUCAAUAUGUAAACUGUUUUUUUUUAGAUACCCAGAAACUUCUUCUGGAAGGAGCUAGGGCAGGUCAGAGUAGGCCUGAUGGGAAACUCAGGUAAAGAUGCUUUUCUUUUAUCUGAACCACUUAAUGAUUGCUUUACUUUCAGUUUUUAAAAUUUGGAACUCCAAUAAAGGAAAGGACUGUAACCUUGAGAUAGAAGGUGUGGCAUGUGUUACUGUUGGGGGAAAGAAGUACAUUUACUUUGCCUCUGUCGAUUUUGUAAGUCUUGGCUGGAAUGGGGACUAGUGUGUUGAUAGCAGCAUGGGAACCUUUUGCUGGUUGUGAAAAGAACUAAGCAGCUAGGGAGUAGUUAUCAUAGAUCAAAACUCUUCCCAAGGCUUCCCCUUUGGAGGGCCAACCUCAUAACAAGGUAGAAUACUCAGCUUUUUACUUGUGAGUUGAGGCAUACCCUUAAAAGUUUCCUUUCCCUAAAAUCUUUCAGAUUAUUACUGGUAUUUGCAGCUUCAGCUUUAGAGAUUCAUUUCUUCUCAACUCAGAGAUGCACGUUCCAGGAUAAUAGUUAUGAUUUUUGCUAGUACCCAUACUUUUGUGACUUCAUUUAUCAUGUUUCUUUCAAUGGUAAGAUAUCCUCAUCAGCUCCUUGCAAAAUAAUUAAAGCUGAAAGAAAGAUUUAAGCCUGAGUAGGCACAGAGUAAAACACAUAAUGAUGCAUUAUUAAUGGAGAAGCUAGACUUUGAUUUUGAGAAUCGUGACUCAAAAGCUGGUGUUUUGUGUUUUUUUUCCACUCCAUCAUCCUGCUGUUUAUAGCAAAUCAAGCCGCAUAAUGACAUGCAUUUCAUUUACUUCGCUUCUGCCAAGGAAAGAGAAUACUUUUUAUUCCCAGGGAAAAGACUGCAGUCACCACAAUAUAAGGUAUAUAUUUCGCUUGUAAUGUAGGAUUCUAAAUGCUAGAAGGGAAAAGUAGUUGGCAGAUUCAUCAGAGGUUUAAGGAUAAGCAGUUAUCUCCAACUUAACAGGAUAAUUAUGAUUACCUUUAAUAUUCUCCAGAAAUACUCUAAUUAAUCCAGGGAUCUGUAAGUGGACACUUCUGAGGGUUUUUUUCUUCCCUCCGAUUAAACGACAUUUAAUAUAAAUACUUAAAACUUCUACAGUAUUUGGGACUGUAGGCUUGGUGAAUAAGUUUUGAGUCCUCUGGUUUAUCUUAGCAAAUCCUGAACUCCAGAGAGCGUUGGUGUUCGGACUCAUGGCAGUGGCCAACUAUUGCACUGCCACCUUGUGUAUGGCUCUAAGCUUUGAUCCUGAUGACUGGUUGUUGACCUUGAUAAUCUUAGGGUCAGAAGAUAUAGCUCAUAGUGAUAAUAAGGAAUCUGAUUCUAUGGUGUUUUUUUCUUUCUUCUUUUAGAAAACAUGUCCUGGAAGUUUAUUUGAUCUGAUGUAUUUUAGUAAUUUUCAUAAAUAGCUCUUAUACCAUAAAAAGUUGCUCGGUGUGAUAAAACACACAAGAUGUAUUUGUUUCUCUUUGGUGAAAAUCAUGUCUAUCACUAGUAUAUGUUUGACAAUUGUAAUUCUUAAAAUAGUAUUGGGUGUAUGGCUUGGUGGUGAUGAAAAUUAGUCCUUAUGGCUACUUGUUAGUCAUUAGAGAGAACUUGGAGAAGGGAACAGAGUUUGUAUCUUUGGCAGGGCAGUGACUUGCCCCUUCUUUCAACUAAUCUUCCUGGUAAUUGUCUCUAGUCUUUAAGUAAAUUAAGAAUGGACCAUCCCUCACACAGAGAACUUUGGGGGUAUGAAACAGGUCUGAGGGCUUUUAACCAUGGGGGGAAAAAGGUGUUGGUAUUACUCAUAUAGAAUAACCUGAGGUUGGAAAGGACCACUUGGGAGCCUGUAACCAAAACUAGAAGGUAACUUCUGGGAUGGAUGGAGGUUCUCUUGAAAGAGUGCCAACCUAAAUCUACCUCAGGUAAGUAGUCAGAGUGACUUUUUCUAGAUUUCAGACCAAACGAGACACCUGUAUUCAGUCAAUGUAUUCCUAUGCUUUAAUGUUUUUGUUUUCCCUUAAUUCUUAAAUAAAAGCAUUGUUCUGAAAACUCCCAUUUUUGCCUCCACUGUACUAAGAAAAAGCAUUUCCCCUACACUUGCGUUAGAAUAAAGCAGAUGUUCAGGAAUCCUUUCACAGUGUAUACGUAUAUCAAACUGUCAUAGUGUACACUUUAAAUACCUUACAAUUUUAUUUGUCAGUUAUAUCUCAGUAAAGCUGGGGGGAAAAGGAAUAAAGUGGAUAUUCAUGUGA